AUGAACGAAAGCCGAGAGAGGAUACGCCGGGAGAGGGAAAGAGAGAAGAACACAUAUACCUCUCCUCGUCUAGCGUUACGUCGGGUGCUGUUAUUGGCAGAGGGCAGACAGUUCCGGGAAGCAGCAGCCAUACUAUCCCGACUUGGUCCAGGAGUAUUGCAGAGUGUAGCUUCAGAAUUGCCGAUAGAUUUACUUGUAGAGGCUCUGCCACAUUCAGCACAUUUGAUUGAAACUCUUCUUAACAGACUAAUAUCCCUAGAAAUAGUACCACGACCGGAAUUACAAUGUGAGGCAGUAGCAUGGCGGCUGGUUGGCUUAUUGGGGAGUGAACAAGGAUCUGGGUUACGAGGAAGGACUAGCCGAUUGGCUUCAGCUCUUGUGCAGUACUCGCCUGAUGCGAGAGAUACAGUCGAUAGUAGGAGAAGGCAGUUAGAUGCGGCGGUACAAGGAUUGGGCACACAUGGUCUCACGGCAGAUGCGUCAGGUUCUCUUAUAUCUCUUCAUGUGGCGAUGAAGAAUGAACUUCAACGACACGUGGAGGUCUAUAAGCAAGCUCUGCAUAAGUUGGAGGAGCUGUCACCAGUGACGGUGAACCAAGACCCAGCUUCGUCGUCACACCAACGCUUGCUGGCGCUUUCCCAUGCUGAUGUAGAAAGACGUCUUAUCGAUAACAAGUCACUUCUCACUAUUGUCGAUAAGCCGGCACUAAGGCAGCUCCCGACGCUGGUCUCAUCACUAGCUGCUAGAGUGGAGAGUGAUAAGGCGGUUCUGGCGUGUGUUGGACAGAUUAAGAGAAGUGAUCCUACCCUGGAUCUUAGCGAUACAAGACCCGUUGCUGGUGUCUUAAUGAGCUACUCCCGAGGAUGUGCAGCCGUCUUAUCUCAGAUGAACGAGCCCCAACCGCCUGUUGAGACACCACGCUCCCCCACCGAUUCCGCCAGUGAUGGUUAUCAUUCAGACAGUGACGAUUCACCACAACAUACAGAUAGAAGUAAGCUAGUGUCCCAGUAUGCUGCAGUUUGGUCCCUUGCCCUAGCGGAAACACUUCCAGCUCUUAGUGCCUUAGGAGAUCUCAAGCAGACACCUCAGUUAAAAUACAAAAUUGUAUUUUCUGUUGUCGUUCUGUCUUUCCGAGCGGCAAUAAGCCUUCGUGAUCGUCGUAUGAAUGAAGUUAAAUCACUUCUUGGGAUAGAGAAUGAGAGUGAAACGUCCCCUUCUCUCUCUAGCUUUGUGUCUUCAGCUCUAAGACUUCUGCGAACUACGGCGCAUAACUUCCCUCUUGGCGAUGCUGAGAGAACUGUUAUUAAUCAAGUUGUAAAAACUCUCAGCGAGUACCGCAGUCUGUCAUCUUGCGGAGCUCUGCAUGCUUUGGUUGCAGCCUCGUGUCGUGCUGCUUGGGCUCUAUCUUUACAUUCUCCUCCUCUUAGGAUCGAUACUGACUUUACUCCAGUGGUGAUGAAUCCAGAGAAACACGUGAGGUACAGCAGUGCAGGUGACCGAAGAUCAGACCUCAUAAAGUCAUUCGUAUGGCCUGCUUUGAUGGACCACAAUCGCUGUGUCUUCAGAGCGAUUGUUUUAACAUAG